AUGUCCAAACGUGCUCUAAUCGUACUCGCCUCGAAAGGCGCCGAAGAAAUGGAAAUUAUUAUUACUGGAGAUGUUCUCGAACGUGGAGGAAUUCAUGUUGAUUACGCUGGAUUGGAUGGUGUACAGCCGGUUGACUGCGCCCGCAAUGCUCGAAUCGUCCCAUCUAUCGCAUUCGAUAGUGCUCAACACGAUGCAUAUGACAUUGUGAUUCUGCCAGGUGGCCAACCUGGAAGUACCACUCUUGCGGAGACCCCAAAAGUUGGUGCUCUUCUCAAGGCACAGGCUGGCGCUGGAAAAUGGAUCGGAGCGAUUUGCGCGGCACCGAUUGCUCUAUUGAGUCAUGGAAUCAAAACGGAGAUGCUGACAAGUCAUCCGAGUGUUAAAGAUCAAUUGGUUAAAGGAGGAUAUAAUUAUUCAGAAGAACGUGUCGUCGUGAGUGGAAAGGUUAUCACUUCUCGUGGUCCUGGAACUGCUUUCGAAUUCGCUCUGAAGAUUGUCGAAUUGUUGGAAGGAGCUGAAAAGGCGAACAGUCUUAUUGCUCCAAUGCUCUUGAAAUUAUAA